AUGUCGAGGGAACAGCCGUCGAUGCAAGUGUCCGCCGCCAACGCUUCCGCCUCGCGGCAUGCCCCCGAUGGCCAGCCAUCCCCAGCCAACUCGGCCUCUGCAACGCCCACGAACAACUCGCCCUCCUCGCCGGGGCCGAUGAACGCGCCGCCUCAGCUCCCCCAUCAGCUCCCUCAUCAGCCUCUCCAGGGCCAGUCGCGCCAGCUGCGGCCGCUCAAGACCCCGCUCUACGUCCCCGCGGCGCUGCGUCGAACUGAGCGGCCUCCAAAGCCGUCGCCUCUCACGCCGCCGCGCAGCGUCCACGGCUCAGUCGACGGGCAGGACGGGCAGGACGGCAGCAUCACGCCCACAGAAAACUUAUCUCGCCGGUCGACGGUCGACAGCACUCGCAGCAGCGUCAGCAGGCUCGCCCAGGACGAGUGGCUGCGGGACCAGAAUCUUGGAGAGGUCACUGGCUCGCCUACCAGGGAGCACUGGAAGGCUGACUCGGCUUCUCCGUCCUGCGACUCGCCCGUGUGCAAAUCCUUCUUUGGCAUCUUUGUACGCCGCCAUCACUGCCGGCACUGCGGCCAUGUCUUUUGCUCCUCCCACACCCCCUACACCAUCCCACUCGACCAAAAUGCCAGAUUUCACCCGGAUGGCAUCCCCUCACGCAGCUGCGACCUUUGCUGGGCUGCCUACCGCCGCUGGGAGCAGGCUCGCGCCGACCAGCUCAACCAGAUUCAGCACAAUUUGCUCGCCAACCUCAAUGCUCCCGAACGCAGCCGGGGAUGGGCCAUAGAGGCUGACCGGCUAAGCAUUGCCGACCCAGGCGCAGAUUCAGAUGAGAAUCAGGACGGCAUGAUUGCCACCAGUGUACCCAGGGACUGGAGCUGGAGCACCUUCUAG